AUGCCGAAUUCUGUCACUGGUGGCCAGGUCAACCCCCCUACUCUGGACGCGGUUGGCCUGGUGGACCAGAGUCUAGGAAAUGCAGGGACCUCCAAUUCUGCCCUCGUCUUGGAAGUUGGGGACAUGGAUCCCUGGGCCCUCCCUCAGCUGAAGGACACUGGCCAGUCUUGGAAAGAGCUCAGCGUGGCCGGCAGGGUCCGGCGGGUGCUCCUCGGCGUCCUCAAGGCCUGCGGGCUCCUGGGUAGCCUCCACCUCUUCAUCUGCUCCCUGGACAUCCUCAGCUCCGCCUUCCAGCUGCUGGGAAGCAAAGUGGCCGGAGACAUCUUCAAGGACAACAUGGUGCUGUCCAACCCCGUGGCCGGACUGGUCAUCGGGGUGCUGGUCACGGUGCUGGUGCAGAGCUCCAGCACGUCCUCCUCCAUCGUGGUCAGCAUGGUGGCCUCCAACCUGCUGACCGUCCGGGCAUCCGUGCCCAUCAUCAUGGGUGUCAAUGUGGGCACAUCCAUCACCAGCACCCUGGUCUCUAUGGCACAGUCGGGGGACCGGGGUGAGUUUCGAAGGGCCUUUGGGGGCUCAGCCGUGCAUGGCAUCUUCAACUGGCUCACGGUGCUGCUGCUGCUGCCGCUGGAGAGCGCCAUGGGCACGCUGGAGAAGCUCAGUGCCCUGGCCCUGGCAGCUGCCAGGCUACAGCCCGGGGGUGCUGCGCCUGACAUCCUCAAGGUGCUGACGCAGCCGCUCACCCACCUCAUCGUGCAGCUGGAUGCCGACGUGAUUGCCAACAGCGCCACGGGCAAUGCCACCAACAGCAGCCUCAUUAAGCGAUGGUGUGGCACCAGGAAGGAGCCGGCCCCAGGGAACAGCAGCCACUGUGGAGCGGCCACCUCUGGCCCCUGCCCUGAGAGCAAUGGCUCAGCCACCACGGAGCAGCUGCCCUGCCACCACCUGUUCGUGGGCACAGCGCUCACAGACCUGGCCGUGGGCUUCAUCCUGCUGGCCGGCUCCCUGCUGGUGCUCUGCGCCUGCCUGGUCCUCGUGGUCAAGCUGCUCGACUCCGUGCUGCGUGGCCGCAUCGCCCAGGCGGUGAGGACGGUCAUCAACGCCGACUUCCCCUUCCCGUUUGGCUGGCUCAGCGGCUACCUGGCCAUCCUGGUGGGCGCUGGCCUGACCUUCGUGCUCCAGAGCAGCAGUGUCUUCACGGCAGCCAUCGUGCCCCUCAUGGGGGUCGGGGUGAUCAGUCUGGAGCGGGCCUACCCCCUCUUUCUGGGCUCCAACAUUGGCACCACCACCACAGCUCUGCUGGCUGCCCUGGCCAGCCCCUCGAACAUGCUGUCCAGCGCCCUCCAGGUUGCCCUCAUCCACUUCUUCUUCAACUUGGCUGGCAUUCUGCUGUGGUACACAGUGCCCCUGCUGCGGCUGCCCAUCCCACUGGCCAGGCGCUUCGGAGACCUGACUGCCCGCUACCGCUGGGUGGCAGUCGCCUACCUACUGCUCAGCUUCCUGCUGUUGCCUCUGGCCACCUUUGGGCUCUCCCUGGCGGGGGACACGGUGCUGGCCGCGGUCGGGGGGCCCCUGGUGGCGCUGGUGCUCCUCGUGGUCCUGAUUAACGUCCUGCAGCGCCGACGGCCGGUCUGGCUGCCCCGCCCGCUGCGGUCCUGGGCCUGGCUCCCCCCCUGGCUCCGCUCUCUGGAGCCCUGGGACCGCCUUGUGAGCCGCUGCUGCCCCUGCAGGGCCUGCAGCCCCCCUCCCGCCGCCACCAAGGAGGCCCACUGCUACGAGAACCCCGAGAUCCUGGCUUCCCAGCAGCUGUGA